CUCGUGUCCUGCGGAAUGAAAAAGAAGGCGGCAGGCCCUGGCCUCCGAGGACCACCUGCGGACCUGAGAUUCUCAAAUAGGGUGGCCCACUCUGCACUCAUCCGCCGUGGCCCAGUGCGGGCCAGGCAGUGGCUCCCGUGGCCCGAGCCCCAGGAGCUGGAGUCUGAGAUAAAAAUCUAUGGCUGUCCCUAAGGACCGGUCCACGUCCACCCUGCAGAACUGCUGCACUUUGCUUGCGGAGCGUUGCUACUUGGUGUUCGACGGAGGGCUGGCGUUUUUGCGGCCAGAAUCAGAACCGCAAUAGCGAGGAUUCCACCUCCACCUGCACAUUUGUGCUGAGCGGCGGGCGAGCCGCAGAGGCGAACAGACGCGCUCCCUGCCUGCGGCUGCCUGGGGCCCAAACGGUAGGGCCAGACACGACAGGCUGGGGGCAAGACACACACACACACACACACACACACACACACACACACACACACACACAAAGAGAGACUCAUGAGGCCCGGGACAGGCGCGGGGAGGAGGAACCAUUUUGCUGGGUCGAAUUUUCGCGUCUCUUUGUCCGUGCCGGGGGCGUUCCGCGAUCCACGAGCGGGCUUGCGGAAGGAGCAUCUCUAGAGGACGACCGCGAGGGCGGCGGGCAACAUUGGCCGGGAUCCGAGCGCCACCAUGACGCCUCCCGGGUGCGCAGCCGGCUCGGGGCUCCGUCGCCUGCCCCCGCCGCACACACGCGCCGCGCCGGAUCCGAAGCGGGCUGGGGAGUUAUGUAAGCCCCUGGCGGGAGGGGAGAGGGUCUUGGAUGUGUGCGUCUCUCGCGGCGGCGGCGGCGGCGGCGGCGGCUCGAGCGGCUCAGGUUGAUGCAGACCCCGAUGACAGGGGCCUGGCGCGAGCGCACGGCUGACGAAAGCGGCUUAGCCCGCUCGGUUUCCAUGGCGACGAGCGGGCGCGGCGGCGGCGGCGGCGGCGGCGGCGACCGCGCGUCCGCGGGGGGCUGCAGGAGGAAGGCGGCGGCCGCGGCCGGGACCCUCGCGGCAGACAUGGACUCGCACUGCGACUGUGCCGCCGAGACGCCGGCCGCCGAGCAGCCGUCGGGGAGGAUCAACAAGGCCGCGUUCAAGUUGUUCAGGAAGAGGAAAUCGGGCGGCGCGAUGCCCAGCAUUUUCGGGGUCAAAAACAAAGGGGACGCGAAAGGCUCGGGUCCGACGGGGAUGGCGAGGAGCCGGACCCACGACGGCCUGGCCGAGGUGCUGGUGCUGGAGAGCGGCAAGAAGGAGGAGCCGCGCGGCGGCGGCGGGGGCGGCGGGGGCCGGCCGGGCGCGGCGGCGGCGGCGGCGGCGGCGGCGGCGGCGGCGGCGGGGGGCGCCCCCAGGGCGGCGGGCCCCGGCGGGGGCUCCGCGGCCCCCAGCGCCGUGGCCAAGUCGCACAGCUUCUUCUCCCUGCUGAGGAAGAACGGGCGGCCGGACAGCGGCCGGGGCGAGCCCGCGGACGCGAGCAGGGCCGGCGGCAAACAAAAGAGGGGGCUCAAGGGGCUCUUCAGCAGCAUGCGCUGGCCCAAGAAGGACAAGCGGGCCAAGGCGGAGGCCAAGGGCGAGCGCGCGGGGGCGCCGGGCGGCCUGGUCCUGCCGGGCUCGCUCACCGCCAGCCUGGAGUGCGUCAAGGAGGAGACGCCCGCGCCCGCGCCCGCGCCCGCGCGCCAGCCGGAGCAGCCGCGCGGGGACGCGCCGCCAGAGCCAGCAGCAGGUGAGCCCGGAGGGGGGCAGCCGGGGCCGGCCCCCGCCGCUCGCGCCCCCGCGCCGGACCGCCGACGGGCCCCCGGCCCCGCGGCGCCUCGGGCCGAGGGCGCCCGGGGAGAGGACGCCGCGGGGCACCGGCGCGCCGAGGAGCCCCGGGCACCCCCGGAGCCGGGCGCGGGGGAGGAGGCGCACCCGGCCGAGGAAGCCUGCAGGACAGGUGACGCUCCGGCACCGCCCGUCCCCCUGCUCGACGCGGAGUGCGGCGGCCGGGCGGCGGCCGCCCCCGACCCUUCCUCUGUCGAUCCGCCCUCAGACCCGUCGGCCGAUCGUAUUUGUUUGAUGUUUUCUGACGUGACUUCACUGAAAAGCUUUGACUCUCUUACAGGCUGCGGAGAUAUUAUUGCAGACCCGGAGGACGAGGCGGGUCCCAGCUGCGACAAGCAUGCCCCCGGGCCUGGCAAGCCAGCCCUGUCUAAAAAGAACCCCGGCGUGGUGGCCUACCAGGGCGGAGGGGAGGAGAUGGCGAGCCCGGACGAGCUGGACGACACCUAUCUCCAGGAGUUCUGGGACAUGCUGUCGCAGACCGAGGACCAGGCACGAGGGCCCCAGGAGGCAGCGGCCACGGCGGCGGCGGCGGCGGCGGCCCUGGACGCCCAGGUGGGGCCGGAGACCCCCAAAGACGCCAGGUGCGCAGAAGGGGCCAAGGACGUGCCGUUGGGCAAGCACCGGAGGCUCAACCGGGUUCCCAUGGAGCUCCAUCCCAAGGAGGAGCCCAAACCCCCGGAGAAGGAGCAGCAGGAGGGCGUCCCCAACAGCGACGAGGGCUACUGGGAUUCCACCACUCCGGGCCCGGAGGAGGACAGCGCCGGCGGCGGCGGCGGCGGCGGCAGGAAGGCGGCCAUCCCCCGGGAUAGCUACAGCGGGGACGCGCUCUACGACCUCUACUCCGAUCCGGAUGCGGGCCCGGCCGUCGUCCCCGCCAGCGAGGAGACGGCCUGCUUGUCCCGGUUAAAGCCCGUGUCCCCGGUCACCAUCACCUGCCCGCUGCGCACACCAGGCAGCCUGCUGAAGGACUCUAAAAUCCCCAUCAGCAUCAAGCACCUCGCGAACCUCCCGUCCAGCCAUCCCGUAGCGCACCAGCAACCGGUCAGGAGUGAGAUGCCCAGAACAAAAAUCCCGGUUUCCAAAGUGCUGGUCCGCAGGGUCAGCAACAGGGGCUUGGCUGGGACCACCAUCCGGGCAGCGGCGUGCCACGACACUGCCAAAAAGUUGUGAGGUCUCCGAGGCCGACGUGCGUGGACCACACGUCAAGGAAUACAACUUUCCCUGGGAACCACCGAAAUAAGUUUUGCUUCCCCCUAAACGGAGGCUCUUAGGACCGUCCCUGCUCCAGAGCCUAGACCCAGGAGGUCCCUGUGCGGCCAGCAGGGGCAGCAGGAUACCGCGUGGAGGGGGUGCUACACAUGGGAUUCUCCUCUCAAGAUAAGUUUCCUGAGAAUUAUUUUCAAGCACUUUUAAUUUUUUUACCUUUAAAAAAAAAAUCUUUGGUUUUCCUUUUUUUGCUUUGAUGCGCUCAACACUUGGAAGUCACCUUUACUUGCCUUUGCAGAAAACAGGACUUACCCAAACAAACCCAAGUAAGCGUCAUGCCGUGAUACUUGGCCGUGCCAGGCAGGGUGCAAAGAGGGCCUGGAGGAACCACUGCCAACCCCAGAGGAGCCCCUCCUCUCCCAAGACACCUUCCUUCCUUCCUUCCUUCUUUUCCUUUUUCUUUCCAGGAAAAAAAAAGAGAGAGAGAGAGGGAGGGAGGGAUUGAAAGAAAGAAAGAAAGAAAGAAAGAAAGAAAGAAAGAAAGAAAGAAAGAAAGAAAGAAAGAAAAGACCCUUUGCCGUACCACUGUGUGGGAAACACCCCCAAAGCUGAAAGAGUCUGGUCUUCACCUGAUGAGCAGAGGGGAUCAGUGAUUGGCAGAAAAUUUGCCUACUUUCAGUUGCUGGGUAUGCAAAUAGGUCACUACCUACCACCAGGACCAUAAAGGAGCAGUUUGGUUUGCUUGGUUUAGAUCAUUUGUUUGGGGAGAAGUAAAAAGCUCAACAGAGCAGGAUUUUCUUUCUUUCUUUCUUUCUUUCUUUCUUUCUUUCUUUCUUUCUUUCUUUCUUUCUUUCUUUCUUUCUUUCUUUCUUCCUUCCUUCCUUCCUUCCUUCCUUCUUUCCUUCCUUUCUUUCUUUCUUUCUUUCUUUCUUUCUUUCUUUCUUUCUUUCUUUCUCCUUUUUCUUUCCCACCCAGUGAAGAAAUUAGGAUCAGGGAAAGAUUUCUCUAAAAUGUCAAGAGACACAGUAUUUUAGCAUUUAUAAACUGUAACCUUUUCACGUGUACAUAAUACAUAUUUUACAGUUUAUCCAGCUGUUAACAUUUUAUAAUCUAUCAGUAACCUCGAAUUUAAAAUCUGGUUUUAUAACUAGUUAUGAUAACUGUCCCUGAACUAUUGAUGUUCUUUUAUGUACUGUAACCUAAAGCAAUUCUGUUUUUGUUUUAUAUGGGUUCGCUGGCUCUCAAUGCAGGGGUAAAAAAAAAAAAAAAAAAAAAAAGAAAAGAAAAAAAGAAAAGUCUAUUGUGUUGACCUCCCAGAGGAAUGGUUCUGUCUUGUCUUGGGUAAGAGACUAUUUAUCAGAGAUUUUUACCUUGGUUAUAAAAAUUUUGGAUUCCACCAUCCUACAAUAUAGGGAGUCCCAAAUGAGGAACAUACAAAGAAAAGAUAAGAGAAAAACACAGUUUUUCAUGUUAGUUGACUUUUGCUUUAUGGACUUGUGAUUGGGACAGGUAUGUUGAGAAUAUGACACUGGCAAGCAUAUGUAUCAUAAACAUUCUAUGCCAAGAUUUUUUUUUUGAAAAGUGGCUUCCUUAUAUGUAUGUUUCCUAUUAUUUUAGAUGAAACAGUUAUUUCAGAACAGGUUACCAUAUGCCUGGAUACUUUGAGUGAUUAACUGAAGCAGCUCCUAGAACGCUAUUAGCCUCUAAUGAUUAUGUAAUAUCCUCUCUGAAAUGCUCUUCAGUGUGUGUAAUCAAAAGACCAGAGCUCCUACUAGGAGUUGAUUCAUGGUGUCGGGACGACUAGAUAUUCUCAAGCAAAACUACAUGCAUGUGAACGGCAUAACAUUCAUACACUAUAUGAGCUAUAUAGCUCCCAUCUUCCAGAGAGAUUGCCUAAGUAAUGAACUGAUGGUACAUGUUUUUAAAGCUUGUGUUCUGUGUCAUAAAGGAAAGAAAGAGGCAAGCUAAGUAUACGGAAACCUAUUUCAACAGUACGAAAGGAACGAAAUAAACAGACAUCAAAGAAAAACAAGUUUGAGCCAGUAGCAUAAAGCAGAUCGUUCCCAUUUUAAAUUUGCAGUGAUUCAAUUAGAAGAGGUGGUAGAGAUUUGUUGAAUUUCUUUAUUAGUCAGAUUACUGGCUUUUAUUGCAUUGUGUCAGAUCCUUAAUGUCAUUUCAAAGUACUGUUUUAAUAUUUAAUUUCCUUCUAUAGAUGAGGUCCUAUAAUCAGACAUAGCCUUAAGCACUCUGAACCCACCACCAGGAAUUCAUAAAGCCACUCGCACGCACACGUGCUGAUGCACUCAACUGUGCACAAACUAACACACAAAGGCAUCUACUGCACACUUGGAAAUAUUUUACACAUUCUGUCUGGAGAAACGGAUUUAAAUUUGAUUUCACCCCGAUAGUGCUAGUUAGACUCCAGCUGCAUUCAUUUCCCCCCCACCCCCCCCAGCGAAUGUAAAGAACGUAAAUUUCAUUCCUAGCCGUAAAACAAAGGAUCUUGAUUUUCUUCUCGUGCAUUUGCUUGUGAGGGUUGUAGUCUCCUCUGUGUGAAUCCAUGACAAAAGUUCUGUUUGCUCAUUUGUUCAACUGUACAGGAAAGUUAAGUGUACCUGAAGUACUGAUGAGAAUAUUGUAACAGUAAAGGCAAUCUAUUGAUAAAUCUCUUUUAUAAGCACUGGGACAAACUAUUUUUGCUUUCACAGUUCUGGGACUCCUUUCUCCGAUUCCACCGCGAUGCUGUGUCUUCUUUUAUAAGUAAAGGAAAGUGUCAGCAAAGUUUACCUUCAUUUUCUCUUGCCUGGCAAUUAACCAGUUAUGCAAGAUGUAAAAUAUUUUCUCUUUUUUCUUUUUUUUCCCGUAUGUUUUCCAUUAAAAAAAAACCCAAAACCUCUAUAUCUUUAAGAAUUCCACCCACGCUAGUCAAAAUGAAGGAUGCAGGCAACUAAUUAAAUGGCCUCAGUAGGUUGAUGGGAAAUCAGGACCAAUGCAGGAAGCCUGGAUCGUAACCUUGUCCACCCAUAGGCAAGAAAUCAUAGUUGCUUUUUUUGUGCCAAGGGCUACUUUCAUUCAUGUUCUUGGAGAUUGAAGAGUUGGCUUUUUUUUUUUUUAGCAUUUUAAUAGAUUUAUAUUCCAGUUAUUAUUAUGCAUUUCCUAAAUUGGCCAUAUUUGCUGAUUUUUUUUUUUAAUGGGGAGGAUUAAGUGUGGGCUGAUGAUACCUUUGCUAUGUUGUGUAUGAUUCUGAGAUGCUUGGUUGAUUAAGUCUGUUUAGUCAGAGAGCUGAACAAAUUAGAGAGGAGAAAGUCAAAUCAAUUGUUGGCCCUGCAUUUAUCAGUGAGUUUAAUGGCUCUGCACAAAGACAGGCUGACUUUAAUGUCUACAUCACACAAUGUUACUUGAACUACUCUGGCAUCAGUUCUAAUGGCAGUUGGAUGCUUUUAUUCUUCCAUUAGCACUGACCGGGAGAAAUUUUACUAUAGCAUUUUCGAUAAUUGCAAGAGGAAAUAGACUUUUAUUAUUUCACCCAAUAACAACAAUGACAUAGAGGACAUUAAGGGCUUCCUUUAGAUACGUUUUCCACAAAUUACCUGCCUAUGUAAAUACAAAACGUUUCACGUUGAUGAAUGUGACGUUUUACUGAGUUUUAAGGGUUUCUUCAUUCAUCUCAGAAGUAAGUUUUGAAGUAUUUGCACUUGAAUGGAUAAUAUUCAAAGUACCCUUUGCUCACACAGUUACCAAGGUAAAAAGGCUGUGUUAGAUAAUCCAGGUUUCUUAUACAGAUCUUUCUGAGUUUUCAUUCCUUACAUCUUUGUCAGAUUAGUCUUCAGAGACUUUUUACCAUUCACUUUGUAUGCAGUGAUUAAUUAAAGCAGCUUUCUCCCCGCUCUCUCCGUAGCCACCAUGUUUACUUGGUGCCCUCAGAUGGCAGUAAGGGGACACUUCUCGCGAGGGUGGAGUGUUUUGACACUUGCAUAGUGGAACACAUUUCCUGAGGGUAGUCAUUCCAGAUUUCUCCCCUGAAUGAUGACAAUCUGGCCUUGGUCCCCUGUGCUCCGUUUCUACUGAGGCGUGUUCCAAUAUAUUUGCAUAUACUUUGUGCUCAUUCUUAAGCAACUAAUCAUUCUUAAGAAACUAAUUAAAGAAUUUUAUACUCUUAAACAUAAGGAGAAAGCAUCACAGUUGCCUCUUCUCACCAGUGGCAAUGGCUGGUUUAAAGUACCCGGAUGAAGUAACAGGAGGAACCCAAAUACCUGGGCCCUACCCGUUUCCCUCCGUCCUCUCCAGGCAGCCCAAGGGAUGAACAACAUAGUUCUUAUUCGUGGAAACUCGGCCUUAGGGAUUUUUGAUUCCCCACGCACAAAUAUGCACGACAGCUUGGGACCACACGCUGGCAUGGCCGACUGGUGACAUACAGACCUGUGCGGGAAAGCAAGAGGCAAGCGUUUGCUUCAUAGAAAGACGUGUCUGUAACAUGGUCAGGUGGUAAGUGUGGUUCCCCCUCAAGGGCGGGCAGCGUCUGGCCCUGAGCAUCUCCUGACGGCUGGCAUAAAUUGCUUCUCAAAGCCUUUGCACUGUGCUGAUGAUAUAAAGGAGUCAGCUUCUUGCAAGAAUAGUCCACUUAUAAGGAAUGUUUUUCUUUCACUGCAGAGAAUGCUUUCAAGGAGCGAUUCAGAAUGAUAGUUUCAUGAUUACGGAAAGGAGUCCCUUCUCAAACUGAAAAAGGACAGAUUAAAAUGGCCACGAAGCCUCCGGAACUGAAACUGGGCGCAUUUUAUGACCGAUAAGUACUUAAAUUCAAAGCAACCUGUAUUCAUGGGGCAUAUACUGUAUCUGAUACUUCAUAGAACCCCCUUCAGCUUGGAGUUCACACACAGCCGUACCGUGAUGGGACUUUCUUAACAGUCCCUAAAAACAUCUUUCUUUUAUCGAGGGCUAGGCAAUAUUACUCCCCUCGUGUGCCAUCUUUCAUUCCUGUUUUAUGUUUGUUUCCAUCCCGUUCCAUCUUUACCCCUCCCCCUUCCCUUCUUUCCCUUUCUCUCUUUUCCCCUAGUGUCUGGGACAGGAAUAUAAAGUCUUCACUAACUUAGGGUGACACAAGAGUUAAAAACUACUUCAUGGCAUGACCGGCUCACUUCCAAUAGAAAAAAAGCCAACCCAAGCCAUAAAGCUGAAAAUUGGUUUUGUGUCUGAGACGAUGGGGCUCCCAUCACUGGCAGAGAGACGGGCACUGUUGUGCAGUUAACAGGCAAACGCUCUGCUUUUUUUUUUUUUUUUACGGUAUCCUCUCUUUCUCGGGUUUAACAUCAAGAAUAUAGACAGAAAUCUCUUCUGUUGUCAUGGCAAUAUUUCUUCCCUGUAGGAUUUCAGUCAUUCCAGGCACGUUGCACGUGGUUUUCUAUCAUCAACCCAGCCCAGGCUUGCUCUGGGUGUUCCGUGUGGCUUGUUUAAGUAGGAACUAGCUGAGCGAUCCGUCGCCUCGAUACAGUUCUGGACUUCGGAGACAAGCUCCUGGCUCUUUCAAAAGUAGCGCAUCCUACCUUCUGUCUGUGGCCAUUGAAUUCUGGCGCCUAUUUUCUGAUUCAUUAAUUCAUUCAACUAAUAUUUACUGAAGACCUAGAAAGUCAGCCACCGUGAAUUUGAGGGUUGUAUAUUGAAGUAAAACAACUAACAUAUACCAGGUGUCGACUCUGUGCCGGGACGAUCCUCUGUGCAUUGUUAUCGCCACGGUCCACAAGAACCGUGCAGGGUGGGUAUUAACUCCAUCCUGCAGAGGAAGGAAAUAAUGCGCGCAAAGGUGAGAUACCUUGUCCAGAGUCGCCCAUUUCAUACGUAAUGGACAGAAUUUGAAUGAGAAACCUAACUCUACAGUUCCUGCUUUAAUUACACAUCUUCUUUUUUAGCCAUGUGAUUCCAUUUUUGUAUAAGUCGUUUUAAGUAAGAAACUGAUCAAAGUUCUGAACUGUGAGAGCCAAACCAGAUUUUUAUAAUUGUGGAGACCACUCAACCCAUGACAAUUCUGACUAUUUGAGUUAAAAGUGAACUUGUUUUGGUUUUUUGGUUUUUUGGUUUUUAAUUCUUUGAUGGCUUUUAUACAUGCAAGUCUAAAAGAUCUCAGAGUCUAGCAGGUUUUUUCCCCACCUGGGCCAGUCAAAAUUGUGGACUGUAUUCCCCAGUUAUUCUCGAGUUACACACAAGCAGGUCUGCCUACAGAUUUUGUAAUCUGCUGUCUGUUUUGUCAGUAACAAAACCAAAAACAAUUUCAGUAGUGAACCCAGCGGGUUGCAAGCUGAGUUUUCUUCCACUCCGCUUCUGUUCAUACUCCUGUAUUUAGGGACAAUCCAUUUGAAAUUGUAACAUGGUCACAAUUAACAAGGUUAUUUUACUAAUCGAUGACCUGCCUACGCUUGGCGAGAUGCUUUUAAAAUGGAUUUUAGACCUCGUAUUAAUAAGAUGUAAUGAAGAGUUCGGUGACAGGUGGUCAUUCUAUUGAAUCGUCAACUGGGGUCCUUUUUGGUAACUACUCAAUAAUUGGUAACUUUCUGCUUUGGGUGGGAAGAUAAUACUUUUAAUAAAAUACAGCCUAGGUGACUGGCUAUCAGAGACAUAUUGAACUUUCUCAGAUACCUACCUGGAUCAUCUAAUAAGCUAAAGCAGAGAUACUAAAAAUACCUGGUCAAACCGCAUAGGGGCACAGAGCACAAACACAGCAAAUCCUUGUGACAUGCCAUGAGAUGGCCCUAGGCAGCCUAAAGGAAUUAGUAAGCCUUCUCAGAUAUCUACACUGCAACCAUUUAUCCCCCACUGCACAGUUAUUUCUAAAGAAAGGAAGAGAAAUGCUAACAAAGUAAUAGAUGACAUUGUUACUGCUUCUAGGAUGAAGUUAACUGAACGCGAAGGAUCCGAGAGUGGUCGUUCUAUCAAGAACGUCAGGGAAAAUGGUUUUGACGCUAUAGGCAAAGUAAAUUUUUGUCAUUUUUACUCGACUCCGGCUCCUGCCGGGCUCAUUGCUAACUUCAGGUUUUGACCAAGUUAUUUAUAUGAAAUAUCUCAGUGUACUAUGGGGAAUUGCAGGUUAUUUGAAAAUAACGACAAAGAAGACCCAAAUGAGAAACUCCAUCUCUAUAAUUAGUUUUCCUGAAGGUCAGGCAUGUCUUUGAGGACAAGCUUUUGGCUGUAUUAUUUUUGUGCACAGGAGGAAAAUGGUUAGUAGGUUUAUAGAUAUUAUUUUUAUAAUAGAAUGUUAAGUCCCCCCCAAAACAUCAAAAAUUGUCUUCUAGAACUACUCUAUGUUUUUAAAACUUGUUUUACAAGAGGAUUCCAGAUAGCAAUAGGAUCUUUUCUCCUUCCUCCAAUGAUUUAAUGGGAUAAAUGAACCAAUGUUUAUAUUUUUAAGCCUGUAAAUAUUUUAUUUUGGGUAUUUUGUAUAUUUGUUGAUAUAAUUCCAUUUUGUGCAUAUGUAUCAUUGUGCAUGUUGCUGUUUUUGAUAGCCACUCUUUUAAUGAAUGUAAGAAGCUUGAACUAAUAGCACUUUUCUUGUUUCAUUCAAACAUCUUAAAAUGAAAAUACAGCACUGCCAUUUUAACUGUUGUGUUCAAUUCAGCCAAUAAAUUUUGUUGCUCCUUUA